CCGGGGGGGCGCCCGGAGCGCGGGGCCGGGGGUGCUGAGGGAGCGCGAGCGGCCGCCGCGGUCCGAGAGGGGCGUGCCGAGCCCCGCGGCCAGCCCGGGUCCCGGCCAUGAGGAGGGACGAGCGAGACGCCAAAGCCAUGCGGUGCCCGCAGGCGCCGGACGGGGCCGGCCCGCCCCCCGAGAGUCUGAGGAACGGCUACGUGAAGAGCUGCGUGAGCCCCCUGCGGCAGGACCCUCCGCGUGGCUUCUUUUUCCACCUCUGCCGCUUCUGCAACGUGGAGCUGCUGCUGCCGCCGCCGGCCUCCCCCCAGCAGCCGCGCCGCGGCUCCCCCUCCGCCCGGGCGCGCCUCUCGCUGGGCGCCCUGGCCGCCUUUGUCCUCGCCCUGCUGCUCGGCUCGGGGCCCGGGAGCUGGGCUGCCGGGGCCGCCCGGCUGCGGACCGUGCUGAGCGUGUGCUCGCACAGCCUCAGCCCCCUGUUCAGCAUCGCCUGUGCCUUCUUCUUCCUCACCUGCUUCCUGACCCGGAGCAAGCGGGGCCCCGGGCCGGGCCGGAGCGGCGGCGGCGGCGGCGGCGCCUGGUGGCUGCUGGCGCUGCCAGCCUGCUGUUACCUGGGGGACUUCUUGGCGUGGCAGGCGUGGACUUGGGCUUGGGGGCCCCCCGCCGCGGCCCAGCACACGCCCCCCGCGGUGGCGGGCAGGUUGUUCUCGGCGCUGAGCUGCGUGGGCUUGCUGACGCUCGCGCACCCGGCCAGGCUCCGGCACGGCAUCCUGGUGCUGCUCUUCUCCAGCUUCGUCUGGUGGGUCUCCUUCACCGGGCUCGGGUCGCUGCCCGCCGCCCUCAGGCCGCUGCUCGCCUGCCUGGUCGGGGACGCCGGCUGCCUGCUGGCCCUGGGCUUGGAUCACUUCUUCCAGAUCAGGGAAGCCCCUCAUCACCCUCGCUUGGCCAGUACCGCCGAGGACAAAGUGCCUGUGAUCAGACCCCGUAGGAGGUCCAGCUGCGUGUCGUUCGGAGAAACUUCGGCCGGUUACUCCGGCAGUUCCAAGAUGUUCAGGAGACCUUCGUUGCCUUGCAUUUCCCGCGAACAGAUGAUUCUUUGGGACUGGGACUUAAAGCAAUGGUAUAAACCUCAUUAUCAGAAUUCUGGAGGUGGAAGUGGAGUUGAUCUUUCAGUGCUAAAUGAGGCUCGCAAUAUGGUGUCAGACCUUCUGAUUGAUCCAACCCUUCCCCCACAAGUCAUUUCUUCCCUGCGGAGUAUCAGUUCCUUGAUGGGUGCUUUCUCAGGUUCCUGUAGGCCAAGGAUUAAUCCCCUCACACCAUUUCCUGGAUUUUACCCCUGCUCGGAAGUAGAGGACCCAGCUGAGAAAGGAGAUCGAAAACUUCACAAGGGACUACACAGUAGGAAUAGCUUACCAACUCCCCAGCUGAGGAGGAGCCCUGGAACUUCUGGUCUGCCACCUAUUGAACAGUCGUCAUCCCGGUGGGAACGCAGUAAUGGCAAAAGGCCACACCAAGAGUUUGGCAUUUCAAGUCAAGGAUCCUAUCUAAAUGGACCUUUAAGUUCAAAUCUACUGACAAUGCCGAAGCAAAGGUCAUCUUCCGUAUCCCUAACUCACCAUAUAGGUCUAAGAAGAGCUGGUGCUUUCCCCAGCCUGAGUCCUGUGAAUUCUCCCAGCCAUGGACCAGUCUCCUCUGGCACUCUAAUGAAUCGAUCACCUGUAGAAUUUCCUGCCACUGCCAGUUCUCUUACUAAGCCAGGUGUUAUUUUACACCGAUCUCUGGGCAGUGCACCCAAUUCACCAGAUUUUUAUCAGCAUGUUAGAAAUUCUGAUAGCAGUUUAUGUAACAGCUGUGGACAUCAAAUAUUGAAAUAUGUUUCAACAUCUGAAUCCGAAUCUGGUAUAGACUGCCACAGUGGAAAGUCAGGUGAUGAAGACAACACCGUUUCCUCAAAACAAUCAUUCAGCCUCACAGAAGUGCAACAUGAAGUGGAAACAGAGAACACAGACUGCAGAAAAUUAUUUUUGGAAGGUGAUACUCACCUAACAGAAGAGGCACAGAAUGAACAGCAACCAAAUAUUGAACAGGAAGCAUCACUGGACCUGAUUUUAAUAGAAGAUUAUGAUUCCUUAAUAGAGAAGAUGAGCAACUGGAAUUUUCAAAUAUUUGAAGUUGUUGAAAAAAUGGGAGAGAAAUCAGGAAGGAUCCUUAGUCAGGUUAUGUAUACCUUAUUUCAAGACACUGGUUUAUUGGAAAUAUUUAAAAUUCCCACUCUACAGUUCAUGAACUAUUUUCGUGCAUUAGAAAAUGGCUACCGAGACAUUCCUUAUCACAAUCGUAUACAUGCCACAGACGUCCUACAUGCAGUUUGGUAUCUGACAACCCGGCCAAUUCCUGGUUUACAGCAGAUCCACAAUGAUCAUGCAACAGGAAACGAAACAGAUUCGGAUGGUAGAAUGAACCCUGGGCAAAUUGCCUACAUUUCUUCGAGGAGCUGCUCUAUUCCAGAUGAGAGCUAUGGGUGCCUUUCUGCAAACAUUCCUGCACUGGAAUUGAUGGCUCUUUACGUGGCAGCUGCCAUGCAUGAUUACGAUCACCCAGGGCGGACAAAUGCAUUUCUAGUGGCUACAAAUGCCCCUCAGGCAGUUUUGUACAACGACAGAUCUGUUCUAGAAAAUCAUCAUGCCGCAUCAGCUUGGAAUCUAUAUCUUUCUCGCCCAGAGUACAACUUCCUUCUUAAUCUUGAUCACGUGGAAUUCAAGCGCUUUCGUUUUUUAGUCAUUGAAGCAAUCCUUGCCACAGAUCUUAAAAAGCAUUUUGAUUUCCUUGCUGAAUUCAAUGCCAAGGCCAAUGAUGUAAACAGUAACGGUAUAGAAUGGAGCAAUGAAAAUGAUCGCCUCUUGGUAUGCCAGGUGUGUAUCAAACUGGCAGAUAUAAACGGCCCAGCGAAAGUUCGGGACUUGCAUUUGAAAUGGACAGAAGGCAUCGUCAAUGAAUUUUAUGAGCAGGGAGAUGAAGAAGCUAACCUUGGUUUGCCCAUCAGUCCCUUCAUGGAUCGUUCUUCACCUCAACUAGCAAAACUCCAAGAAUCUUUCAUCACCCACAUAGUGGGGCCUCUGUGUAACUCCUACGAUGCUGCCGGCUUGCUGCCGGGUGAGUGGAUAGAAGCAGAAGAGGAUGAAGAUGCCGAAAGUUGUUAUGAUGAAGAAGAUGGUGAAGAAUUAGAUACAGAUGAUGAAGAAAUAGAAGACAACUUAAAUCCUAAACCACGAAGGAGGAAAGGCAGACGGCAAAUAUUUUGUCAGCUAAUGCACCACCUCACCGAAAACCACAAGAUAUGGAAGGAAAUCAUCGAGGAAGAAGAGAAAUGUAAAGCUGAUGGGAAUAAACUGCCGGUGGAGAAUUCUUCCUUACCUCAAGCAGAUGACAUUCAGGUCAUUGAAGAAGCAGAUGAAGAGGAGGAGAGACAGUUUGAAUAAAAGAAAAGACAUCUUCAAGAAGUCCCGAGGGCCAUGCCCAGGGUCAGAAGUCCUCGCCUGGCACUGACCAUGCGGACUCGCAGCCGACCGCUCCCAGGUGGACGGGCCUGAGGACCGCGAGAGGACCCUCGCUGCGCUGGCAGCUCCCCGGUCCUGUGCACUUGCCGCACACGGACACGGACCAGAAGAGUGUUCGUAGAGCGGGGCUUCCGUCGCUCGUGUUGCAAAGCUCUUCCUCGAUGCCUCCACUGGUAUCUACUUUGUCGUAAUAACGCUUUGCCAGGUAGUACGCUCUUACUUCCGUGAGGGGUAGCUAGAACUAAAAAUUCACGGGACCUCAGUUUCCAAGAUAGCCAGAACUUUUUGCUUUCAUGAAAACAUUUUCCACAUGUGUCUUUUAGGUCUUUGAAUGUGUGUGUCGGGGGGCAAGUCUGUGCCUGCCUAAAAAAGAACCCCGUGUUUGCCUUUCUGAGGGAUCCGUUCAAUGCAGUACACUGGCCAAUGCUGUUCUCCCAGCUAUGUUUAUCCGUGAAAGACUGAAUGACAUUUGUCAAACACGACAAAAUCCAGGCGCAUCAGUUUGAUGCUUUUCACCGUCGUGUGUUACCUUCUACGUGUGUUCUAGUUCUGCUCCGAGGAUUCAGGUUUGCCGUGGACAGCAGAAGUCUUAAUUCCAGUCUCACUGACUUCAUUCCGUGGUUGAAUUUUUAAAGCUGUUCAGGCUUAAAAAUGAAGGAAUUGUAUUGUUUAGUCAAAACUGUUCUUAGUACUCUUGCUCAGGAUUAGUAUUUUUCAAUAUUUAGUUAAUAUAAACAGACUUGUCAGAAGAAAAGAAUGGUCCUAAAGAUGUUAACUUUUUGUGAAGUGAGCAUUUUCUCUCAGAUCUCAUAAUUUGAGACUAAUUAAAGUGGAGGAAAAGGAGAGGUCUUUUGCCUUACUGCAAAAAUCAGACAAAGCUAAUCCUAUCGAAGAUAAAGAACAAAAGCACUGGUAGGAGUUCUAAAAGGCACAGUGAAUAAUCAGAAUAUGUGCUUAUCUCUAGAUCCAGAUCUUAGGUGUCAUGUUUAGUCACCGUAAAACUGAUGCUAAUCUUUGUUAAUUUCCUCCUGCCUCCAGACUACAUGACAGAAGUGACCUAUGACUACUUAGUACUUCGAGAGCCCAACUGCAAGUCUAAUUUUUAAGAAAGUAAAUGGUGGGAAGACUUAACUGCAAAGAAAAUGGUUAUUUACAAUAUUCAUGAACUCCUAGGGUACAGAUAGCAAGAUGGUAGACUACUUUGUUUUUUUAUUCUUGGAGACCAUAUUUUGGAUCCAUGUAGCUUUUGUAGACGGUAAAAACAUUAAUUUCCCAGGAUGAUUUAUUUACGUAUGAUGUCAGGCAGUUUCUUACCUACCUGGAAUAUUUGGCAUAUCUCAAAGAUAUUAAAGAUCUAUAGAAGUGUUGGAAGUUUUGAUCUUGUAUAAUAUUUAAUGAAUCACCAAGCUUUAUUUAUUAGACAUGUUGAGUGCUCAGUUCCUUCCUGCCACUUCUGCUACCACUGCCACAUGAUUUGUAACCUGGUCGCACAUUACUAAGUAAUAAAAUUUUAACUAAUUUAUUGAGUUUGCACUUACAAUGUAUAUAUCCUGUGCUUUUAUUUCUCUAGUGCACAUUUUUGCAUCCUAGGUAUACUUCUGCUAUUGCAAAGCCCAUGUGUAUAAAAUCACAUGUGCUUACAUGCUUAAUGAAACUCAGAUUUCCUUUCUAUUUUAUUAAAGUUUUGUAUUGGGGUUAAUGUAUAUAUUUUCUCAAAAGGAAUGUCUUAUUAAAAAUACUAUUACUGAGAACUCCUUUUUAAAUAACUUUUAAAUUAUUUAAUCUUUGCUAAAUAAUUGACAUGUUAAAAUAGCCCAAAGAAACCUAAAACAAAAUCAUAAAUUGUAAGAAAUGAAUGUGAUUAUAUUAAGUACAGUGCUAUGCUAUUAAAUGAAAUCUUACUUGAAAAAUUGCCACAAGCCAUAUUACAUAUCCUAUUUUGGUUACUACUGAAUCAGACUUUUAACUUUCAUCAUGAAUUUACUAUUGUUUUAAACUCACUGGUCUUAGAAAUCUUGUAGUGCUGUAAUAUAUUUAUGUGCUUAGUGAUACAUUCUUUCUCCAUAAAAAAAAUUUUUUAAAGUUAUUUCCUGAUUUGAAGGCUGUUUCCUGCUAUUCUUACUUUGUUGGUGCUGUUGACUUUUUCUGUUCUUAUAAGAAUCCUGUAAACUCUAGCACUGCUGAACUCAAAAAUUUCUUCUCUGUAGAUUGCAUCUCAUAGGAACAAACUUCACAAAAGAGAUGAAUAAAGCCAACUCUGGUUUCCUUA